GUGUUUGCCACCUACCCCAACGAGGACUAUGAUCGUCGGAACGAGGACGUGGACCCCAUGGCUGCGUCUGCAGAGUACGAGCUGGAGAAGAGGGUGGAGAGGCUCGAUCUGUUCCCCGUCGAGCUGGAGAAAGGUACACCUCAGCUCAGUUACCCCCAUAACCUUAAUGUGGCAAUCUGGGAUUCGAACAACAACAAAGAACAUUCCAGAUUGCACACUUAAGAAAACUCAUUUUCACAGUACUUCUACUUCACAGUACUGUAAAGAGGAGUUGUAUCGCCAUUCUCUUGAGACAAUCAGACAAUCAAUCCCCUCACUUAAUCAGCACGCAUCCAUCAUUUUUCCAUCAUGAUGUCUUUCAGUUCUCCCUUCUCCCAAGAGGGAAUUCUCAAUCACUCCAUCUUUACAUUGACCUAUUUGUAAAAGACAAUGCAGGAAGUUAACCUAAGGUAAAAGGAAUGUCACAGGAAAACAACAUUGAUUUAAAAAAGCUAUUAUGAAACAAAAGAGCUUUUCAUUUUCAUCAUGGAUUAUGAUGAUUUUAUUGUCUUCUCACAGUUCAGACUGUAUUUCUCCUCUGUCCACUGUCCUCAGAUGGCGAUGGGCUGGGUAUCAGUAUCAUUGGGAUGGGGGCGGGGGCAGACAUGGGCCUGGAGAAACUGGGCAUCUUUGUCAAGACGGUCACCGAUGGAGGAGCAGCGCACCGGGACGGCAGGUACGUCACAAAAUGGUGGCCUCCAUCUACGGCUUUUCCAUCUAUACUCCUGGCAGACUUACCUGAAUAGGUUCUGCAUGAUUUAAUACAUCUAAGAAGCAAUCAAGCAUGUGAGAUGAGCCAAACUUGUGUGUCUAGUAGUAGUAUUCACAUCUCUGUCUAGCUUGCUGAUUUGAUAUGUUAUUGCUUUUCCACAAAUAGGUUUGGAAUAACAAAGUGAUUCAAUUCGGUCGCAUUAUGGUUCCUUGCGUGAGCAGGUCUCGCUUGCUAAAUAGAUUUAUAUCUCAAAGAGACAAAGCUGUAUAAAGGUUGAAUUUUUAAAAAUGAAUGAAAAAGUAAGCAUGUUAUCAGACUGUGGUACUGAGCUGAGGUUGUUGUGCUGCUUUGUGUUUAUCCAUCCAGGAUCCAGGUGAAUGACCUGAUAGUGGAGGUAGAUGGGACCAGUCUGGUGGGGGUCACCCAGACCUUCGCUGCCUCCGUCCUCAGGAACACCACAGGCACCGUCAAGUGAGGAUACGUUUUUGACAAUAGUGCCCUACUUUUGACUAGGGUCCAUAGUGCUCUGGUCAAAUAUAGUGCACAAUAUAAGGAACAGGGUGCUAUUUGGGAUACACACUUUGAUGCAACACCCUGAUGUCACAGAGGCUUCUAACACUUUUCUUUUUAGCAGGCCUCUAUUCCUCACCAACUGCUACUGCUUUGAAAAAAAAAUUCUACUGAGUCUGCCUUGAUGGACAUCUCUCUCAAACACUUGAAUAUAGACAGGUUAAAUUACUUGGCCCUGUAUAAAGUUGGGCCCAUCAAGUCUAAUCUCGACUCUUAUUUUCUUUGUAGUACAACGUGACGUCAGACUCCGUUAAGGUUUUCUGUACACAUUUUGUUCUUAGUUUUGCAGCGGCUUUAGACUCUAGAGAAGACUGGCAAAAUGACUACAUCCUCCCACAUACAUACUGUGUAGAUCAGGACAUGCAGAGUAGUCAGUCAUCAGAAGUCAAAUAGGGCCAUGAUGAUAACAUGAUGAAGAGCGAAAAUGUCCCUUCAGAGAUAUAGCAACAGAACCACAGUAGAACCACAGUAGAACCACAGACAAAGUUGAAACUCAAAUUUGGACCAUGGAAGAGCAUAAAAACAUCACCAUCAUCCUCACAGCAGGCAUCAACACAAUUAUCAUUCUGAAAUGCCAGAGUGGUCUUUUUGUGGUUGACUGAAUGGGCCACCAGAGUCGCCUGCCUGUUCCCCAAUCCCCAACACUCCUUUGUUAUCGUAUACAGGCUCAUUCAUUCAUAAUUCUGGAACUAGUGGUCAGUAGAGCUAUGGGGGUAAUUGUUAGUGUGUGGUGUGUGUGUGUGUGCGUGCGUGUGUAAUUGUUAGUGUUGUGUGACUUGUCAAAGAUCAGAGCCCUCUUCAGAGAUUGCUCAUGCAUUAUAGAACAGGGUAGACGGGGAAGGAAGGGUUGAGGCAGGCAGGCGGUCAAUCAGGCCUAUUCAUUAAAAUGUCAGCUAGGGGAAUGGAUGGGUGAAUGAGGAUGGGAACUGUGUUGGUUAGCAUUUAAUUACCUGAUAGUUAACGGGGGGAAUUCUAAGGUUGUUGUGGUUGUCUUGAUAACUGACUGACUAUGGGUACUCAUUCUAAACUGCACUGCUCAGAUUACUCUUACAUAGCUGAAGAGGGUAUUACACUGAAAAACAUCUCUCUCUGAGCAUAUUGAGUCGAGAAUCUAAAUGUUGAAAGAGGUUAUAUAAUUCAGAUUAUUUAACCUCUUGCUAAGGGACCAUAUCAUAGAGGUUCCUCUUAUUGCAGUCCACAUAGAAAGCCAUUUUCCUGUUUGAAUAUUUUUUUUUAUUGUCCCUUUUUCUCCCCAAUUUCGUGGUAUCCAAUUGGUAGUUACAGUCCUGUCCCAUUGCUGCAACUCCCGUACGGACACGGGAGAGGCGAAGGUCGAGAGCCGUGCAUCCUCCAAAACCCAACCCAACCGAGCCGCUCUGCUUCUUGAACUGAGCCUGGUUAACCCGGAAUCCAGCCGUACCAAUGUGUCGGAAACACCGUACACCUGGCGACCGUGUCAGCGUGCACUUCGCCCGGCCCGCCACAGGAGUCGCUAGUGCGCGAUGGGACAAGAACAUCCCUGCCGGCCAAACCGUCCCCUAACCUGGACGAUGCUGGGCCAAUUGUGCGCCGCCCCAUGGGUCUCCCGGUCGCGGCCGGUUGCGACAGAGCCUGGACUCGAACCAGGAUCUCUAGUGGCACAGCUAGCACUGCGAUGCAAUGCCUUAGACCACUGCGCCACUCGGGACGCCAGAAAGCCAUUUUCAAAAGCUGUGUAAUUGUAUGCAGGUUUCUGAUUGGUCGAGAGAAGCCGGGUGAGCAGAGUGAGGUGGCCCAGCUGAUCCAACAGACCCUGGAACAGGAGCGCUGGCAGAGAGAGCUGAUGGAACAACGCUACAGCCAGUACAUGGACAACCAAGAGGUAGGUCUACAACCAGUCCAACCAGUCUGUAACCAACCAGUACAUAGAUGACCAAAAGGUAGGUCUAUAACUAGUCUACAAUCAGUCUACAACCGGUCUACAACUAGUCUACAACCAGUAUAGGUAGGUCUACAACCAGUCUACAGCCAGUACAUGGACAACCAAGAAGUACAGUACAGAUGGACAGACAGACUACCUGACAGCAGGGAGUUACUACCAGAACUUGUUUGCUUUAUGUUGCAAAAGAUUUUGCUACUCUGUGCCCUAAAGAACAUGACCCUGAACACAGCUAGCUUAGAGAUAAACUGAAACCUGGUCACUAUUUGAAUUUUUCAAAUGAAUAUUACGCUUUUUAGAUUAAUUUUUGCCUCUGUGUUCUCUUUUCCCCUCAGCUUUAGGAUUAAGAUACUGUAUGUGUGCCAAUCACAUCUUUGUCAGAAUUGACACAAAGCCGGUGGCUGUAUCGAGUGAGCUGAAUGGGCGUGUAUCCAUAGCUACGCUGUUACUGUUUAGUAUAGCCUCCAGACAGUAUAAACACAAGUCUGCUUCCCAAAUGACACCCCAUUCUUCCUAUGGGUUCUGGUCAAAAGUAGUGCACUAUAUAGGAAAUAGGGUGCCAUUUGUGAUGCAUUCCAACAGGUGAGUUUAGAGAGCGUAGGCCAAAAAGGAUAAAUGACAUUCUGUCUCCCUAGGACUCCCUAGUGUUUCUGAUGUUUUUGCCUCUUCCUCUCUGGGUUGAACCAAAAUUGGUUCAGGUCAUCACCUAUCACAAGGAUGAUUAUUUUUUUUACCUCUAUCCAAUCAAAAUCUUAUGAGGAUGCAGGACAUUCUUCGUUCUCCAUCUUAUUAUGUUGACAUGCAGAAUGAUGUCAUAAUGGUUGAGGUUUUGUUCUGUGUUCCCUCCCCGAUCUAGGGAUACUCUUCAAUGGUGUUAUACGCCAUCUAGUGGCCAAUCUCAGUAGCAAUAGAGAACCAACCGUGAUGCUGUUAUAGUGGCAGCAGUCGCAGGCAAUUAUAAAAAUGCUGUGAAAUGGGAUGGAUGGAAGCACAUUGAACCUAUUCAAAUAUGCAGACACUUUGGCCCUCUCAAUUAAGACCUGGAGGUCAAUUAAACCCCAAAUCCAAUAGUUACUUCGGGCUCACCUGUCCUCUUCCCCCAGGAAGGUGAAUAUGGUACUGACGAGGAGGAGGAUGACGAGGAGGAGGUCAGCCCCACGUACCCCUCUGCCAUCGAGGUGUUUGACCUGGCUGAGAACGAGGACAUCUCUCCCCUGGAGACGGACCCUGAGAAGCUGGCCCAUAAGUACCGGGAGGUGAGAGAAACCGUUAAAGACAAAGGGCUCGUCACCCUUUUCCUUAUAUAGUGUCCUACUUUUUGGACAGAUUUUGCAACAACUUCCUUAACUCUCUCUCUCCUCAGCUUCAAAUAAAGCAUGCUGUAACACAGGCAGAGAUCCAACAGCUGAAAAGAAAGGUAGGUUAAGUUAUAUUAUGUGAUUAUUAAAUAUUAUGUCCUAAUGUUUAAUUGUACAAUACGGCCACUACUUAAUUAACAUACAGUGGCAUUUACGGUUUCGUCCCCUGCCAGUCCGUUUACGUACCUGUGUGUGUGUACUUACGCACAUCUGUGUGUGUGUACUUCUCCACACUCCCAGCUGAACCAUGCAGAGCAGGACAAGCAGCGCUGGCGUAUGGACAAGAACCAGCUGGAGCAAACCCUACAGGAGAACAAGGAGCGCAUGGAGAAGCUGGAGGGCUACUGGAUGGAGGCCCAGAGUCUGUGUCAGGCUGUGGACGAGCACCUGAAGGAGACCCAGGCCCAGUACCAGGCUCUGGAGCGC